CGAAAAGUGGUGUGACUGACUUGAGGCAUUUGCCACAGAAAAUAGUGAAACAUGAGCAGUCAGCCAAACAUAUGAAUAACAUGAUUAAUUUAUCGUUGCUGGGUAAAGUGAACAUUGCAGCUCAGAUUGACACAGCAUACAAGCUCUCAGUUGCAAAACACAAUGAACAGGUGAAAAAAAACAGAGAUGUGUUAUCCAAAAUCAUAAACUGUGUGGACAUCAACUACAACUCAUACCUGAGACAUUCAUGAGGAUUAAGUUAACUACCUGGUCAUCGUCUGUGUUUUCUCAACAACAAAGAUAACCUGCUAGAGGCCAUUCCAGGCUAAUAUAACCUGCCAGAGGCCACCCCAGGCUAAUAUAACCUGCCAGUGACUACCCCAGGCUAAUAUAACCUGCCAGUGACCACCCCAGGCUAAUAUAACCUGCCAGAGGCCACCCCAGGCAGAUAAAACCUGCCAGAGACUAUCCCAGGCUGAUAUAACCUGCCAAAUACUACCCCAGCUGAUAUAACCUGUCAAAGACUACCCCAGUUGAUAAAACCUGCCAAAGACUACCCCAGGCUGAUAUAACCUACAAGAGACUACUUCAGGCUGAUAACCUGCCAGAGAUUACCUCAGGUUGACAACACAGAGACUAACAGGUUGUGUCUUGUGCAUAAAAAGAUACUGUGACAUCCCAUCUCAAGACCAAGUGUAACUAAGUAGAAGUUUACAAUGUCAAACUCAGAAAAAAAGUUCUCCUGUGAAGAGUGUGGCAAACGGUUUUCCUUAAAGUCUACUCUUAAGACACAUUUACUUAUACACAAUGAUAUGAAAGAGUUUGAAUGUGAGGAAUGUGGGAAACGUUUUGCACGAAAGGGUAACCUCAAGACGCACAUACUUGUACACAAUGAUAUGAAAGAGUUUGAAUGCGAGGAAUGUGGGAAACAUUUUGCACGUAACAGUCAUCUAAAAACACACUUACUUGUCCACAGUGGUAUUAAAGAGUUUGAAUGUGAGGAAUGUGGGAAAAAUUUUGCACGUAAGAAUCAUCUAAAGACACACUUACUUCUACACAGUGGUAUAAAACAGUUUGAAUGUGAAGAAUGUGGGAAACAAUUUGCACAAAAGGGUAAUCUCAAGACACACAUACUUGAACACAAUGGUAUAAAAGAGUUUAAAUGUGAUGAAUGUGGGAAACAUUUUGCACAAAAGAGUCAUCUCACGAGACACAUACUUGUACACCGUGGUAUUAAAGAGUUUGAAUGUGAUGAAUGUGGGAGAUGUUUUGCACAAAAGAGUACUCUCAAGGCACACAUACUUGUACACAGUGGUAUAAAGGAGUUUGAAUGUGGGGAAUGUGGGAAAUAUUUUACACUAAAGAGUGAACUCAAGAGACACGUACUUCUACACAGUGGUAUAAAAGAGUUUGAAUGUGCUGAAUGUGGGAAACGUUUUGCACAAAAGAGUAAUCUCAAGAAACACAUACUUCUACACAGUGGUAUAAAAGAAUUUGAUUGUACUGAAUGUGGGAAACGUUUUUCACUAAAGAGUAAUCUCAAGAAACAUAUACUUGUACAUGGUGGUAUAAAAAAAUUUGAAUGUGAGGAAUGUGGGAAAUGUUUCUCCUGGAAGAUUUCACUCAAACGUCAUAAACAUGUGCAUGAAAAAAAUAGAAUUCAAUAAAUGUUUCAAUUACUUUAGCAAAAGAGAUAUGUGAACUUGAAUACAGUUAUGUACAGUAACCCCAAAAAAUUUUUGUUAGCCAUAGGGCCAAUGUGAUUCGAGGCUGUACAAGCAAUGUUACUUGGUUUGUUUCUAAAUGGUUGGUAGUUCUACAUUCACAACUUUUGAGCCUGAAUGAACAAUAUACAUUUUCCAAUGAUGUGAAUCCUCUGAGGCUUCAGACCAUACAGUAAACCCUCGUUAAACUGACCUAUAUGGUGGGUCGGAAAAGCUGAUAAAUUGGAUAAUUGAAGUACAGGUUGGACCUCGCUAAUCCGGGAAGCUUGGGACCAGACCGGUUCCGAAUUAACGAAAAUUACGAACCAUCGAAGCCGAGGUUAAAACAAGGAAAAAUAAUUAAUAAAAUGUACUAUUACUGGUACAAUACCAAUAUAACUUGCAUCAGCAUAAAUCUAGCCCAGGAUUACUGGACCUCUUUAUGAUAAAGUGUUAGUGCUAUGGUACAAGUAUACUGUACUGUGACACAGAAAUAAGUAGAUUAGCAGAAAAAGCAAAGAGAAAAUUGUAUACAGUGGUCCCUCGGUUAACGAACACAAUCCGUUCCAGCAGGUUGUUCGUUAACCGAAAAAUUUGUUAACCGAAACCCUUGUUUCAAUGGGAUUUUGGGUAAUUGGUUCCA